AUGCUGCCUAGGAACAACGAGAGUCUCUCCCGUGAUAGAUUUCCUCGAUUUCAGGAUAAGCAGCCCAGCCAUCUGAAACAGUGGGCCUUCCAGGCUGGAUACACCACACAAUCGCCUGCUGCAGAGUUUCUCAUUGUCAACGAGGCGCUUCAAUUAAGAAACUUUCCCGAAUCCCGUUCGAUACCACCGAUUACACAAUGGCCAGGGUGCCAUUGGCUACGUUGCCAUGUUGAUGUUUAUGAUCAAAAAACAUUUAAAGAUGACAAUUUAUUUUACGCCAUGUACAUUUAUUUGAUUAUCUAUCUAUAUAUCUAUCUACCUACCUACCUAUCUAUCUAUCUAUCUAUCUAUCUAUCUAUCUAUCUUUAUAGUUGUCCCAAUGAAAAAAAUGUAUAUGUUAAGUCUCUCUGCACAUACACAAACACACACAUAUCCGAGAUUAAAAGCAAAUUCACCAACAUCAAUUUGCCCAUGAGGAAAGUUCACCUCGAGGAAAGUUCACCGCGCGGAAGGUUCAGCUCGAAAAACGUUCAACUCAAGGAACGUUCACUGCGAGAAACAUUCGCCACGGGGAACGUUCACCGCCUAGAACGUUCACCGCCUAGAACGUUCACCACGAGCAACGUUCACCUCGAGGAACGUUCACCGCGAUGGACGUUCACUACGAGCAACGUUCACCGCGUUGAACGUUCACCUCGAGGAACGUUCACCUCGAGGAACGUUCACCGCGAUGAACGUUCACCACGAGCAACGUUCACCUCGAGGAACGUUCACCGCGAUGAACGUUCACCUCGAGGAACGUUCACCGCGAUGAACGUUCACCACGAGCAACGUUCACCUCGAGGAACGUUCACCGCGAUGAACGUUCACCUCGAGGAACGUUCACCGCGAUGA